AUGGCAACUGCAGCCAUCCCUCAACGAAUGAGAUCGGUCGUGUGUUACGGUCCAGGUGACUACAGAAUAGAGGAAGUAAAAGUUCCACAGGCUGGUCCAGGAGAAGUUCUCGUCAAGGUCUUGGCCGUAGGCAUCUGCGCUGGCGAUGCAAAAUGUUUCGCUGGAGCUCCACACUUCUGGGGAGACGCUAAACGUCCUGCGUACGUGCAGCCACCAAUUACUCCAGGACAUGAAUUUAUUGGAGUAGUAGUGGACCUUGGAGAAGGGUCUGGUAAGAAGUAUGGUUUGGAGAUUGGAGAUCAUGCUAUUUCUGAACAGAUUGUUCCUUGUUGGGAAUGCCGAUUCUGUUUCAGAGGAGGAUAUCACAUGUGUGCCCCACAUGAUAUCUAUGGAUUUCACCAGAGAUCACCAGGUGCAAUGGCCACUUACAUGAAGUAUCCAUCAGGAAGUAUUAAUCACAAAGUCCCCAAGUCUAUUCCCGCUUGGCAAGCUGCUUUCAUCGAGCCACUGUCGUGUGCAAUCCAUGCCGUAGAAUUAGGAAACAUUCAAUUUCAUCACACUGUCGUCGUUGCUGGUUGCGGCUCACUGGGACUGGGAAUGAUUGCAGCUGCAAAACAGAAAAACCCUGCAAAGCUUGUUGCAUUAGACCUCCUCGACUGGAAGCUGGAUGUAGCCAAAGAAUGCGGUGCUGAUGUUGUAUUGAAUCCUAACAAAUGUGACGUCACUGAUGAGGUAAGAAAGAUGACUGAUGGUUAUGGAUGUGAUGUUUACAUCGAAGCCACUGGGCACCCUGCCUCUGUAGUACAAGGUCUCCACAUGAUUGCAAAACUUGGCACAUUCGUUGAAUACAGUCUUUUCGGUAAGGACACAACAGUGGACUGGACAAUCAUCUCAGAUAUGAAAGAGCUUACUAUUCGAGGUGGACACCUCAGUCCUCAUUGUUAUCCAAAGGCCAUCUCAAUGAUCAGCAAAGGAGAACUUCCCAUGAAUAAAAUCGUUACCCAUAAAUUUCCACUUGAAGAGUUUCAGAAGGGCAUCGAUAUGGUCAACGACAGCUCAGAAUCGAUUAAAGUUGUACUUUUUCCAUAAAGGAUGCUGCUCACGAGUCGCGUUAUUUGUUCAUGUAUUUUAUAUGGUGGACAAACUUGCCAAAUUCCGGAAUGUUAAUUUUUCAAGAUAUAAAAUUGAGUGUC